CGCGUUUUGAAGUCUGGGCUCGGGGCGUUGGGGGAGAGGUUCCUCCAGCACCUUCCCUCCACGACUCCCCGGCGGGAAGCGGAGUCUGGGGGCCAAGAGCCAUGGAGGAGAAGGUGCUGCCCCCUUUGGGCAACACCAAGCCGCACCUGGAGAAACUGACCCUCGGGAUCACCCGUAUCUUGGAAGCAUCUCCAGGAGUGAUGAAGGUGAGGAUCAUGGAAAAGGAGCCAGCUGAGCGCCAUAUGAUUGCUUCAUGGGAGCUAAAAAAUGACUGUGUGAUGCCAGAGGAUUUGAAGAAUUUUUACCUGAUGACAAAUGGUUUCCACAUGGUGUGGAGUGUGAAGCUUGAUGAUCAGCCUGUGCCUUUGGGCUGCCUGAUGAUUAACAGCAUUGCAAACUUGACUCAGCUCACCCAGUCUGCUGUGUACACGCUUCCCAAUUCACCGACUUUGGAGGAUCUAGAUGAUGAGGAGGAAGAAGCUAAUGAAGACCAGCCAGAAAAGCCCCACUUUGACUCUCGAAGUAUAAUAUUUGAGCUGGAUUCCUGCAAUGGGAAUGGCAAAGUGUGUCUUGUCUACAGAAGGACUUCGCCAGUAGCCAAAGAGAGCAAGAUCUGGUUCCUGGACAGAGCAUUAUAUUGGCACUUUCUCACGGACAGCUUCACUGCCUACUACCGCCUGCUGAUCACCCACUUGGGCCUCCCCCAGUGGCAGUAUGCCUUCACCAACUACGGUGUUAGCCCACAGGCCAAGCAAUGGUUCAACAUGUAUAAACCCAUCACCUACAAUACCCCAGUACUCACAGAAGAGACUGACUACUUUAUAAACAAGCUAGACCCCAGCAAGGUGUUCAAGAAUAAGACCAAAACUUCGACCCCCCCCAAAAGAGGGGGGACCCCAAACCCUCCAGGCUCUCAGAAAGGAUCAUCAAGUUCCUCUUCCACCAAGUCUUCCUCUGCCUCUGGAAAUGCUGCCAGGAAGUGAGCAGCCCCAGCCAGAUGGGCUCUUCCCUCUGCACUGGGAGAGUUCAAAGGCUCUUCCCUUCCCUCUGUCAUUGUGGGCCCAAAUCUGAGAGCCUGGGUCCCACCCAAAGGCCCAGGACUGUGCAAUCCAGCAAGUGGUUGUGUGAUGUUGUUCCCACAAACCAUCCAAGGGAGCAAGGGACAGUUUUAAUCCCUUCUGGACCUUGGAAAGUGUCUGAUGAGACCCAGGGCACUGAUCAGAGAAGCCCCCCUCCUUCCCAUCCUGUGUUCCCUUUACUCCAGCAGUGAUUAAAGCCCAUCCUGAGUCAUGCUGUGAGGAGUUAACGGUUUAUCAUCUUCCACGGUGACAUAGGCCGUAGCCAUCCACAUUCCACCACCUCUGCUUUUUUCCCUGCAUGGAAGUAGACCUGACACAAGAGAAUAUCCAUUCAAUAACAGUUGCUCAACUGGAUUAUUGCUUGGUAAAAGCUUUGACAGCUGCUGAAAAACUCCAGAUACUUUCCCCCUAGAAUUGCCAGAUUCAUCAGAAAGUCAGAAAAGCCCCCUGCAUUUAAUUCCCUGUUUGUUUUUCAUUAUCAAUAGAGCCAAACCAAGAAAGUGUAUUCUUCCCUGGUUUGGAGGUGUUUUUACCUCUCAUUGUCUCAAAGGGUUUAAUUUUUCUGUGGUUUACUGCUAAAUAUGAAAUGUUUACCUCCGGAAAAUUGUUUCGGAAUAAAAAUGAACCUGCCUAGCCAUUUUAAA